AUGGUUUUUGAACUGCCAUUUACCGUGGCCAACCUUGCGCUCUUCGGUAUCGCAUCGCCAAACCUAUAUCGCACUAUCUUGUGGAGAGUAGGAGGCGAGCUGGGCUUUAACUCGAAACCAAGCACAGUUCUAUACGCGGCUGCAAAUUAUAGACCUGUGGACACACCUUUAGUGUGGAGUGGCUUCAACACCCAAUAUCACCUCGUAAUCGGCGUAGUAUGCAUGUUCUUCUGGCUCGUCAAGACAACGCUAUGGCUCCUCAAAGUCUUCUUCCCGAUCCUCUCGCUCCUCCUUCACAUUGCACUCAUGGCUCUAUGGGCCUACGGCAUCCACAUCCAAACCGCACCCGACACCAUCGACCCGACGCAUACCAAUAACGGAGCGCCCUGGUACAUUACCAAGAGCUGUAACAUUGUAGAUGACAAGCACAUCAAGAGCUACUGCAUGCAAGCGAAGAGCAGUUUCGCCGUCAGUAUCAUCAUGCUCACCAUCUACGCCGUCUUCGUCGUCCUAUCAGUCUACUCCCUCAUUCCAACCACGGCGCAGAAACAAGCCCACGCGGCGCGGAAAGCAGAAAAGAAAGCCGAGAAGGAGAAAUGGGCUUCCUCGCCCUACGACAACGAGAUGACCGCCGAGGAACAAUGGCAACACAUGUGGGAACUCCAGCAACUACCUCGUACACCCGGUACCGUUGGCGGCAUGAAGUCGCCAAUGACACCACGGACACAAGCGUUCAAUAACCUUGGUGGCGAGGAGGCUGGGUACGGAGGAGGAGGAGGAGGCUAUUACAGCAAUGUGCCUGCUGGAGGUAACGCAUGGUAUGGGCCGCCGCAGCAGCAGCACGGGUCCAUAACGAUUAGUCCGGUGAUGGAGCAGGAUGAGUAUUACUCGCCGCAUGAAGGCAAAGGGAAGGCGCCGGGCUGGGGCGGUAACGCUUAUUAG